AUGUCGAUCAGCCGAUUCAACGCAUCUGUAAUAUCUGGUACGAACGAAAAUACGCUGGCUCUCUUUAACUUCAAUGUUGAUCUGUCUUUGGUCAAGCAGGAGGCUCCAAGUGAGUUCAAAGACCUAGGUCGCUCCUUAACUCGUCAACGUCGGGAAAUUGCGGAAGAUGGUUCUGUCCAUAGGACUGCCCAGCGUCUUGGUGCCGUCUUCGAGGAUAUCGCGCCACAUACUCCUCACUUAAUACAAGCAUAUGGAUCCAGAGUAUCAGAAAUAUAUAGGGAUAUCUCGAACGAAGGGCUCUUAUCUAGUCGAGGCGUUUUUGCUGAGUGCGCCGGCAUGGAUGGAACAUCUGUCUGGGCCGCAGCAACAUCUGGUAAAACAGCUAUUGCUGUUCACCUUCUGGCCUACCUGUCUCGAAACGAUCUUGCUGAAUUGGACGCAUCUACUAGGGCCUGGCUCCAAGUCGCAGAUGAUGAGCAGAUCAGCCAGCGAAAACAGCUUAUGCUCAUCAUCAACAAUGUGAACCUUCCAGUGAAUCAAGGGGCAACAUCCUUCGGAACACAUGCACGUGUCAUUGAGGCCUGGAAAACAGCGACAGUAACCAUCGAGAAAGUUAUUCGAGGGCAACCGCACAAUGUCACGAAAGGGUCUGUUUUACUUGGCCUAGCUGCUUGGCACAUUUAUCCCAAUAUUUUGGUUUUGGGAGAUGUCCCCACCCCCGUCAACUUCAAUGAUCCCGUCGUGGAAGAGUCUGGUCGACUCACCAUUGGGCUGUCGAAUCCAGAUCCCGGCAAAGACGAGGGUGUUUACUGGUCUCUUUCGUUAUCGCACCUUCGCUUCUACGGAGGUCCGGUUAGGGUUACGAGUAUCACAACACGAGACGCUUCUAGGCUAAACAUCGAUGAGUUCCAUCUUCUCGUUCUAGGCAGUAUACUUGCUGAUUGGGGGGGCCUCUACACACCAUAUAUUCUCAAAGCAGCUGAGUUUUUUGUCUGUCUGGAUGAGAUAACAUCUCGUUCCAAUGAAACCCCUGAUUUUCAGCCCUGGAAAUGGCACUGGAUCCACUUGUUUGCCGUAGCAUCAAGGAAGCUCCUCACUUUAGAGGGCACUGAAAGAGACUUGGCAGUGAACACCGUCGCACUUGGCCAAAGGCGUGGUAGAAGCUUGUUGCGGGAGAGCGCAUCUAGUAUACCUGCCCUAUUUGGAUUGUGUGAUUCUUGGAUUCUCUAUCUCCUCAAGGUGCAGGAUCGGCUUGACUCCACAAUCAUCCAGAGCGAAGCAACAGAGGUUGAGAUGAUGCGAUACAUUGCGCGACAGCUGGAUCUUCAACAUGCAGAAUGCAUCAUCAGAGCUAGAGGUGGACAUAAACAUUUCACGGCGAUUCCGCACAAGGACACGAAUUGCGAAUACCACAUCACUUCGAUCGAGACCAAACCGUCUUCCUCGUGGGCUGGAAUGUGUGAAUGUCACGAGACGGGUCACCAUUGUCACGUAGAAAGAUGCCCCUGUAUUCUUUAUGGUCAAUAUUGCUCUAAUGCCUGUCAUAAAGAAGGUAUGGGCCUACAAAACACUCCUUGUCCAGGCUUUCGAAGAGAUGAUUUGAGAAUGAACAAGAUUUCGGAGGAAUGCUACGAGUGCAGAAACAUGAAUGAUGACGAGGCUGUUCGAUACAGAAAGGGCCCUCUAUCCAUCACUGUGGAUCCCUUGCUUGUACCAUCACUAAGCGAUCUCGGGGUCAAGUUCAAAUGCGCCAAAGACAAAACACAUGCUGGAAACAAUCCACCAUUUGCGAUUCAUGAUGCCAGGCAAUGUCUUUGCAGUUGCUUUUACGAGGCUACAAGCGUUGGGCCUCCAUCCUUUGUGCUAAUUGCAGGAUCGGAAACUGACCUCUUUGAGGACAGACCAGAUAUCUCCAAAAACAUAGUACGCUAUCUUGCUACAAUUCAAGAAGGAGACAUAAUUGGCACGCCUACAUUUCAGAAGGGUCUUGAGAUUCGCCGCUUCACUAAUCGGUUUCUUUUCGACUCUCUCCACGCCCUUUCGCUUGCAACCAAAACGUUUGCUAAUCUACCAGGCGCAACGAUCAAUCUCAAAAUCAUCAGUACACCAUUGCACCAGUCUCUGUGGCUUCCACCUCAAGGUGUACGAUUUCUUAGCCGCGGGCAAAAGUUUGCAUGCAUAGCAAUGUUCGAAUCAGGCUUGUACAACAUUGAUCCAAUUGUGAUGAAAGAUGUGAUUGCCAUCUUGUCUCGCAACAGCAUUUUUGCCUCCGCAUUGCUUCAUAACGACCCAGGUUCUCUUGACCACGUUAAUGACGUGCGUCGAGUAGUUGGAAAUGUAGGUAAAACAGGAAUGGUCUUGAUGGUCGCCCCGCAAGCACCACGAACGAAGGGAGUCAACUUGAACGAAUUCCGCCUUGUUUGCCAUAAUCCGUUCGAUGGCAAAUCAGAAGACAGCUUUAGAUCCACUUCGCUUCACUUGACUUUCACUGAAUUCGAGCUCCCCAUCGACGUUGGAGAAAGAGGAGCCAUUGAUAAGGAUCUUUGUUUCGUGGAGACGCUUAUACAAGUUUAUGAUCGAAAUCAGUGGAUUGCUGACAUCGAUGUCCUACCUGUAUUCCAGAAUGACAAUGAUGCUGUACAUCGCAAUACAGUAAAGUGUACGGGAUGCUCGCCAAAAAUACCGUCGAUACUUGUGUCUAUCGAUAAUUGGGAAGAAUUACUAGAUGUUCCAAAAGAUCUUGGCAAACUCAGGGUGGCAGUUGUCAGGGCACAUGAUAAUUGGCUAGCAAGACUUGCCGCUGCUUGCAUCUGCCAACAGAAAGGUUUCCGUAUCGUCAUCAAUCCUUCAAAGGAUGUUUGUUGGCAAUGCUGCUGCAAAAAGAAGUGGAACUGGACACAGGAAACUCUCCGCAAAUCGAAUAUAGUGCUGCGUGAUUCCAUUGACAUGGAUGCAACUGUAGAUGAACAGGCUGACGAAGCAGACACUACUGUGGAAAGCUCGAGCAGCUCUGAUUGUGGAAGUUCGUCUGAAGAUGAUAAUCACGAACCCGAACCAAGUUUCAGCACCUCCUUCACAAAUAGACCUGGAGAUAGUGCCCUAAAACCAGUAUCCAGGCCCGUACCUUUCGGGCAGAUUAAACAAGAUCUGAAUGAACUCUACGACGAUGACGACGGGUAUGAAUCUGACGAAACUGUCAUCGGAGCCUCGGACUCCGACGAAGAACAUGGUACACUAAACUCAAACAUUCCACAAGUCUUUAUUUGUUAG